AAUUGACCCUAAAAGAUAAAAAGUCAUUUAAAUUCAUUGACCCGUUAUUAAAGCUUACUUCGCCUCAAAGCCUCGUAAGAACCUCCAACGAAUGAUCAUUAAGUAAAGUACAUAUUAUUAGAAUGAUAAUAGAACUACAAAUGCUAAGCGUGAAAGUGUGACAAAGGUCCUCCAGUUUAAAGACCAUUUAAAUUAAACUUUUACAAUAUUGCUUUACAUGUUUGUAUAGAUCAUAAAGAACAUGGGAUUAUUGCCUUUGUUUUCAGUUAAUCUUGGUAUCCAUUACACUAAGUAAUUCAUUGUGUAUUGCAUAGUACUAAAUAAGACAAAAUUUACCGGCGAGACAGACAUGUUCGAGAAUUUAAAUGAGUGACAAUGUGAUAUAUAUGACCAUUGCCAAGUUCUAAUUUGGAACUUUGGUUCAGGGAAAGUUUCGCUCAGAUAAAUGAGAUAAUUCUACAACUUAGAAAUGGUUUAACGAGAAAUGAUAGAAAACUAUAGAUAUUAAAACAAGGAUUCGUAGUUGCUAUUAAACACUGUGUAUGAAUUAAAAAAAUUAUAUAUCUGGAAUGUGAAAGCUGUUUUAUGUUGAACCUGUGCAUUUAGAGACGAAAAUGAAUAGCAGAAGAAAACAGAUCAAUAUGACGCAAGAACUAGUAUAGUUAGCGUAGAUUUCGAUUAAUUCUAAGUCAAUUUUAAAGUCUGUGAAAAUACAAACGAUGUCGACUGGAAAAGAAACGCCAGUUCCACCUUUCCUUCCUUCUUCCAAUGUGAUGACAAAUGGAUACUUUGGAGGGGUUAGUAUAGACUCGGCAAACCUCAACUGUGUUCAGGUUGAUCAUGUAGAGGAAGUUGUCUCCCUUCGGAGAUCGGUUGAUCUUGGAUACAUCACAUCAACCACCAUUGAUAAUGAAGAUCCUAGGAAUAAAUAUAAAGAGACUGAGGAAGUGAUAUUACACGAAACAAAACCCAAGUACAGGGAUAUGUCUGCUCAGAUGAAAGAGUAUAACGUCAAUUAUAACGGGCUGAUUAUUAUUCCAUGGGAGGAAUUUGCUGAAAAUCCGAGGAAAUUAAACGACUUAUUUUACUUAGAGAAAAAUGGACUUAUAACAUAUGACCCUGACGAAGUAAAUGUGUUUUUCCAUGCAACAAAAAUGAAUAAACCAACAUUUGGGGAUAUAAGUGAAAACGGCAAAGCAUGGGUUGUAAACGUGGAGAAGAUAAAGGACCUAGAACAAGUAAGGGUGUGGUUAAUAGAAAGGGUGUCAGUGUUUGGUGUGACCCUAGUCCGGAAAACCUCACGAUUCGGCAAGCCCGAAAGAGCUCCUUGCCUGGUGAUGUUAGAUCCCACCAUGGGUCAUGGUGAUUCUAUCCAUGCUUCAAUAAUGAGAUGUAUAAAUGUUAUGCAAGAAGGCAAAAAGUUUUGUCUCGAGAUCAAUUUGAAUGGUUGUGUUGAGCGAUGGUGUCGUAGAAUCACCAUGACAAAGUGUGAAGCUGUUGGUGCUAAACUGGUAAUCACAAAUGGUGAGGAACAGGCCGACCUCACAGACGCAGAAAACAUCAUCUGUUGUAUAGUCUGUCUACCAAUCUGGUCAAUACAGGCCGGUAUCUAUAAGAUUCACAGACGUGCACAGUACAAAGACUUAGAAUUGAAAUUUGACGCAGAGGAAUUAUUUCUGCAUGGCACACUGGGUGGUGUCAAGAACCAGAGAGCAAAGUUGUUUAGAGAUUAUCAGAAAGAAAUAUUCCGAACUAAACCAUUGGAAGAAGCAGGUGAAGAGUUUCAAGUACAUACUAAUGUUGAUAGACACGGUAGUAAUAAGUAUAUCUCAGUGAAGAAAGCAGUUAAGAGCGGAAAUAGUGAUGAGAAUCAUUCAUAUAUAGAAUACGAAACGACAGAUAUUAGUGAUCUAUUAACUAAAGAUAAUGAACAACUGAAAGACAAAUUCAAGCAGACUAGUCAUAGGUAUGAAGGCUUCCAGACAACACAAGAACAAAAUGAACUUGGACGAAACUCGCUACGGACAACAUAUGAAGAUAGGAACGAUAUCAAAGUGGAUCGGCCGAAUAUCUUUGUAACGAACACAGAAAGCAAUAACUUAGACAUCAGCCGUCUUAAUCUUCGUGAAAACACAAAUUCCUCAGACUCUUCGGGAUUUGGAGGCGAUUCAAAAGGUGAAAACAAAAUUAAAUCUAUUAUGGAGGUAGAGUCGUGCACUAUGAGAAAGGAGUUAUCUCCCAUCCCAUCAGCGAGAACCGUCAAUAGUGACAUUAUGAUAAUAACACAGUCAAAUGAAGAGGACAAUGGUGAAGGAAGUGAAAUCGAUCUCAGGACAUUCUUGCAAACAGAGUUAGCUCCACCGGAAAAAACAAAAAAGAAAAGUAAAAAGCAUAAAAGAAGUUCAAAACCUCCAAAGUCGCCUUCAAAGAAACCAAAAAAUAAAAGUGGAGUUGACAACAAUGCAUUUGACCCUGAAAGCGAGAAUAAAUUUCGCCGAGUGCUGCCAUCCAAACGUCGAAGUCUUGAAAGUAUUGACACAUUGGAAUCAAACGACAAUAUUGACAAAGGAAGUAUUAUGGAUUCAUUUCCCAUCGGAAGUCUUGAUUCACUUCCUACAGGAAGCCAUGAUUCUCUAGACACCAUAUUAAACGAUCAGGGAUCAGUGGAAAAUCCUCCAUCAGAUAACGAAGUUAUGUCAUUAAAAGCUGACUUCGACGAAGAAUUGUUUAUUCCAUCUGGAGAUGAAGGUAAUACCUCAAGUGGUGAUAGAGUUUUUCAGUUCAACGACAAAUUAAAUAAAAAUGACGAGAGUACAGAGGAAGAGGAGAUAAACGGUCAAUCGAGUGGUCCUAGAAAGAAUCACCUGGUGUUUCAGGAUGAUAUAUCCUGUGAUGAUCUUGAACUGUCCGAUUUUGAUGCAGAUAAUGAAGAGAAACCCGAUGACCAUACCGACAAAAACCAGAACAUUCCCAAAAGUAAUAACAGACUUAAACAAAAUAACAUACGUGGUUCUGCUCCGUAUAGAUCUAAUAGACAAAAAUAUAUAGGAAUGAAUACAUCUGUUAAAAAUGAACGCCAUCAGUCAAUAAAGUCAUCAUAAAAUAAA